UCCCAUGCCAAUCUCUGAACGCAAAACAAACUAACACAGGUUCAUAAUAACCAACACAACGGUUUUCAAUCUCCAUAUAUAGACAGCAACCUAAUAAAACACACCGUCAAACUAAAGCAAUGUUCUAUUCGCUCUUGCGAACACAACAAUUUCCCUUAUAGUUACUUGAAGAAAAUUAACCAUAACAAUAUUAGAAACUACCAACUCAUCAUAGUUGUUUUGAGCUAAAACUCUAUUGAAUUAUAAAAAGGCUUCCUCAAUUUCUCAUACCUCAAACCAAUCGAGUUAUCAUUAUUUUGCUUAAAAUGAAGUUGCCACGGCCACUGCUGGUGGCGCUUUUGGUGCUGAGCCUGAUCGUCGUUCCUUCAAAGGCAGAUCUGGAUGACUUUUUCAACGGCUUCGGCUUUCACUUCAGACAUGGACGACAACAACAACAACAACAAGAACAACAAGAACAACAGGCUCAAGGAAAUGAUAAUCAAGACCCGCCGGGAGCCCAAGUAAACGAGCCCAGGGGUUCAUAUAUUGCUGGUGCAUACGGCAUAGGAGGAUCGCCGCCGCCACCUCAACAGACGGCUGUUCAGCCUGCAGAGCCGGCUGAUUUUAAGCCUGCACAGACGGUUAUUACUAAUAACUUAGGUGGUCUGUCGGUGGGGUUCUACGAUAGAAGUUGCCCUAAUGCAGAGAAGAUUGUGGCUGAUUGGUUGGCAGAACUUAUAAAGACAAAUCCAUCUGCACCUGCUAACUUUAUUCGUCUUGCAUUCCAUGAUUGUGCUGUUGGUGGUUGUGAUGCCUCGAUCUUGCUAGACUCCAUUGGGCAAGGAGAUAAAGUGGAGAAGGGUUCAAUCUUCAACGGAAUGAGCCUCAAAGGUGCCGAUCUGAUCGACGACCUAAAAAUGAGAUUGGAGGAAGAGUGUCCACAGACAGUGUCAUGUGCAGAUGCGAUUGCUUUUACAGCCAACGAGGCGAUGGCAAUAGCUGGGGGAGUCCGCCAGCGUCCUCUAGGAGGACGCAGGGACGCCCUCAACUCCCUGGCUACCCUGGCAGAUCAGAACCUGGCCUCGCCAACUGCCACGAUAGACCAGAUGUCCGCAAUCUUUAAGAGGCUAGGUUUCAAUCAAGAGGAAAUGGUGGUGCUCUUGGGUGCACACUCCGUUGGUACAGCACACUGUGAUCUUUUCAUGGAUAGGGUUUACAACUUCAGAAACACGCAGAAGCCUGAUCCAGUGCUUCCAUUGCCAUAUGUGGAAGAUUUGAGGAGACUUUGCGCUAAUCCUGGAACACCACAAUUCAGGAACCCUAAUGUGAACUUUGAUGAAACGCCUUAUGCAUUGGACAACCGCUACUUCAAGAACCUUGUACAGAACAAGGCUUUGUUGCUGUCGGAUUCUUCGUUAAAAGAUGAUCCUAGGACGGGUCCCACCGUGAGACAGAUGGCGGAAAAUGAUACGUUGUUCCCAAAGAGGUUUGCUGAGUUGUUCACUAAGAUGACUACUUUUAAUGUGCUCACUGGUCUUCUUGGAGAAGUUAGGAAGACUUGUAGGUCCACUAAUAAUUGAUUAUUACUAUUAUAGUAUUAUAUUACUAUUAUUAUUGUUGUUGUAAUUAUUAUUCAUAUUCUUGUUAAAGUAUGUGUGUAUGUUAAUGAUAACUUCUAUCAACAGGAAAGAAAAAUCGAUAUAUAAAGAUGCCUUUUGACUAUGAA